AUUUUCAUGUUUUAUAUAUCGUUAGUUAUCAUCGAACCAGCGAACAGUUAGUACGUUUCAAGAGAUGUCUCUCGACGAGCAAUUCGAAGCAGCUGAAAAGGUGAUAAAAACUCUUACCAAGCGUCCCACCGAUGAAGAACUUUUAGAACUCUAUGGUUUAUUUAAACAAGCUAUGAUAGGUGAUUGUAAUACACAGAAACCAGGAUUAUUCGACAUGAAAGCGAAAGCAAAAUGGCAAUCUUGGAACAGCAAAAAGGGCGUUUCUAAAGAAGAUGCUAAAAAGGCGUACAUCGAAUUGGUCAACAAUUUGAUGGAAAAAUAUAAAUAAUUAUAUAUAAACAAUUAUUAUUAAAUGAUAAUUCAAUGAAUUUAAUAAUAUAUAUUGUUACGUAAAUCAAUAUGAGAAUGACAUGAAAAAUAUUCUGCUUGUGUGGUAAAAGACAAAAUUACAUAAUGAUUUUUGUAUUUGGA